UAUGAAGAACAUAUUCGGAAGCAUCCGUACAGACCCGUAAGUGCUGCGUGUAGUUGCCGCGCGUAGGUACUACAUUUGCCUUGACCAGCCGAGGCGGUUCAGUUGUGCGGUAAAAAAUAGGCCGCCCUUCUUACGAGACGACUGAUCAUGGACGCCGCUAUUAAACGCUGCUGUUUGCUUACCCUGCCCCCGGAGACCAUCAUGAAUAUCUUCAGAUAUUUGAACCCGGACGACUUGUUGGCAGUUGAAAGAGCUUCUCCUGAGCUUGCACGUCUAGCUCGCAAUACCUACGUUCUGCACAAUGUGAGUUUCCUUCCACACUACUCGUCAAGCUUCUUUCGAGAGUACAUCGACAAGCCGCGGGCAGCCCUAAUAUCCCAACUCGACGUCAGUGGAUGCUCGUCAGCCUCAUCGAAAACGUUGGAGGGAUGCAUUGAAUUAUGCGUAAGAUUAACAAUCUUGCGCUGCAUCAACACUCGCCUGCUGCCGACAACGUUAAUCCGUCUGCUAAGGACCCGGCUACGCUACCUGAAAUCCCUCGAGUGGUCUCUACUGGGAGAUAAACACGUCAGUGAAGACGUAUGUCGCUUUCUGCAGGAACCAGCAGUAGUCGAUGCCCACAACAUUCUGCCGGACACGCUGUGUUCGAUGUACGUAGAGGAAAUUUCGUGCGGACGUAAUACUCGUCUCUUGUGCGUCAUGCUCGAGCGGGGCUCCUGUCUCCGCACGCUGCACUUUCACGAGCGGUUGCUACGCAAACUAAACACGACGGCAGCGCACGAUGUGCUCUUGAGCUACUACACUGGAACGCGUGGGAACUUCAGAAUGUUCACCUACACAAACGACAGUGCCCUGCCCGCCCGCGAAGCAAAUAUCGGGGCGCUCUACAAUGCACAGCACGCAGAUAGCAAACUUGCAUCUCUUUUCGCCGUGUUUUACGCUUGUCGUAAAGUGUCCUCUAGCGUAAUCGUAUGCCAGAAGCCGUCGCUAGCUGGGAACUGCUUCAUCCUGGAUGGAGUGAACCCAGUGCGGUUGUCGGAGCAGUUCUCACAGAUUUCCGUCAUCGUCCACGGCGAUCCUCUCGCAACACUGAAGUCAGCGGCCUGCCAAAAUCCUUACCGUCACGUUCACGCUCUCGUGCUCGAAUCUCGUCCAUUGUCGAGGCAGGUCCGAUCCCGCCAUCAGCGCGCGGCCAAUGCGGCCUCUUUUCUCGCAUUUCUUAGGACAUUCCCGUUUCUGACGGAGCUUAAUCUGGCGUCCUUUCAUUUUGAGUCGAACGUGGACUGCUGUUCCGUCCUCGCCGACGUCGGUCUGGACUGUCUGAAGGCGCUCGCCCUACCUUCCUGUGCCCUUUGCUGGAACGGCAGGCUGGAGCACCUUGCCAGGGCCCGCUUCAGACUAGACGAGCUAGACGUGCGCGCUCCGCCAAGGAAAUGGCUCACGCUGUGCGCUGUCUGCGCGGUAAAAGUCACGUGCACCGCAGACAUUUUGCAACCGCUGUGGAAGCUCUGUCCCCUGCGGCGUCUCACCCUCUGUCAUCUAUCGCACGUUAACUCUAUGGUAUUCCUGAAGGGAUGCGUCGUGCAGGAACUGAGGCUGCAGAACUUGGGCUCCAACGCCUACGAGGGGCAAGAAAGCAGGACCGCCGUGAAAGAGGUUAUGCAGGAGGUCAGAAGUCUGAAAUUAGGGAGCACCACGCAAACUCUGGACCUGUGUUUUCUGGAUGCCCGGCCGGUUCCAGCUCCCAAUUUGCGGCGGCUGUGCGUCAUGCUAAGAGAGAUGACGUUGAGCAAGGCAAAAGACCUACUGAACCGCCUGUGCAACAAUUAUCCGACCGCAGAAUAUAUUCACGUCCAUAUCUGUCGUCCAGGAGGAUCCCAGGCUGCACUCACGAUAUCCGCCAGGUAUUCCGUCGAGGUAGACGGCGACAAACACGGCGCCCAACACCUUGAGCCAGUGCCUUCUUUCGACGACGUGGUUCUGUGCGGCUGCUCCAACCUUGUGGCUGUCGCAAGGCCCCGAAACUGUGGACCACGGCGGUUUUGAAUUUUGUGUCUUGUGGAAACCCUGCAGCAUCGCCUAAGCAAGUAGCUGUGCUGGCAUCGGUGACACCACCAGUGGCAGUGCAUUUGAAAAACUUUACCGUGUCCUGCAAGUACCAUUUGCUUGCUGGCAGCGUGGUUCGUAAUGCUUGGCGUGAAAAUUAAGGCGACUAUUGAGAAUUGCUCGUACAGAAAGCUAUUAGUACCAAGAGCAUGUUGGAUAUGUUGUGUUUUAGUCCAUUUUUUAUGCAAGCGCUGAUGCGCUGAUGACCAACUAAAAUUAACAGAUGCCAUCAUUGCGUUAACAAAGUGAUCGUGAUGCAAUGCACAUGUUUUUUGACGUCACAUCAUUCCCUAAAUAAAUCAAUGUUGUACUGACCAUAAUGGAAACCGGCUCCUCGAAUAUUUAUGUACACUAUUUUAAUCAGGUGCGGAAAAUCAGGUUACAUUAGAACAACCGGCACAUUUCAUGCUCAUAGCAGGGUGUAAUAGGCGCAUCAUUAUGUGUAAUAGCAAGUGGUAAGCAGGGCGCCGCUCGCCUUUCAUCGUGGCGGGAAACUGCUAUCUUUAUCGAUUAACGCGCGUGUAGGCACGACGAACACCUUUUUUUCUUCAGUUUCGUGAAAGAUUUUAUUUAGUGACAAAUUGUUAGAAACUUUAUCUCUGCUUGAGGAAUUUUCAACCUGCCUGUAGAUGCAUUUUCGGUGAUUUCAUAUCGGCCGUAUUCUCAGUGCUUUGUUGCCUUCUCGAUGUCCCAUUUUCCUGCAGCCACGGAGCAGCCGCACCUAAUUUGAUUCAUUAGGAGCAUUACAAAGUAGAACCUAAUUUCUAGUCGUCUCGAAAGCGUUAUUUGGAAGAGCGAACCAUAGUGCACUUCAUGUCAGUGCAGCGGUCUGACUUGUCAUUGCUGUUCUCGCUCUGUCAUCAUAAAAGUGCGGCAGGCCAUGUAAUGGAAUGCUGACACAAAUGUGACAAUCAUUCUGCACGACGGUCACGGUAGCGAGGUUGUACUGCGUUGGUGGAGAAAGAUGUGUCGCAUCACUACGUUUAGCUGCUGCGAGUAGUGUGUUCGUCUUCUGUGCGUUGCUUUAUGCUCUGCAUUUCCUGUUCAUA